AUGGCCAUCCUUCUGGAAAGAAGAGUCGCUGCAGUUUUUCUUCUGCUUUUCACCGUAGUGAAGUCGUGCCAUCCUGGGUGCCGGUGCGAGGAGCGGAGUUUCGGACUGUUCAACAGCUUCAGCCUGACCGAUGUGGACUGCAGUGGACUGGGACCGAACAUAAUUCCAGUUUCAAUCCCCCUAGAAACGUCUUCUCUGGACCUUUCCUCUAACGGCAUCUGUUCUCUCGACGGCGCUGCCCUUUCCGGACCGGGAUACACCACUCUGUCUAGCCUCAACUUGAGCAACAACUUUAUCUCUGCCAUAAAUGGAAGUGUUUUCUCCAAACUGCACUAUCUGGAGACUCUGGAUCUGAGCUGGAACUCCAUCCAGAAAAUCGUUGAAGGUUUUCCAGGCCUUCUUCUCUCCGAGCUAGAUCUGAGCCACAACCGAAUUCAUGAAAUCAACCUGAAUGUGUUUCGAGUUCAGGAUCAUGGUAGGCCUCUGACCGUGGAUCUGUCUUAUAAUUUGUUGAUCUCAUUUAUCAGGAGAGACCUUUUACAACCUCUUAACAUACACAGCCUUAAUUUAGCAGGAAACAGGCUCACGGCUGUGCCAACCAUGCAGGAGAUCUCCUUACGGUUCCUCAUCCUGGAUGAGAACCCCAUAUCGGUUAUUAAUGAAAAGAGUUUCGCCGGAUUGAAAUAUCUCAUCCACCUUUCUCUAAGCUCGAUGCCCGAGUUACACACUCUCCAACCUCAAAGUUUACAAGAUCUCCGAAACCUCCAAGUGCUUGAUCUUUCGAAUAACAAGAAACUAAAGAUGUUGAGUGCAGAGGUUUUUCGCGGCCUUACGUCACUACAGGAGCUCAAUUUGACGAAAAGCCGGGUCACAUCUUUGCCAGCUAACAUCCUCCAGCUCCUUCCGAGCAUUAACAGCAUCGCUCUGAGCGGAGGAGUGAACUGCUGGAGGGUCCGGAAGCAGGAACAAUUUCACAGACACGUUGGAUGGAGUAAAGCGGAGACAGCUCUGACCUGCGAUGUGACCGGUGUCAUUUUCUGA